AAAUUUGCUCUUUGAGUUAGCUUCUCUUUACUUUUCAAGCAGCUUAUAUUCUGGCCAUGUCCGAAACUGCUCCCGCCGAGACUGCUGCUCCGGCUCCCGUUGAGAAGUCUCCCGCCAAGAAGAAGACGGCAAAGAAGGCUGGCGCCGCAAAGCGCAAGGCGUCCGGACCCCCGGUGUCCGAGCUCAUCACCAAGGCUGUGGCCGCCUCCAAGGAGCGCAGCGGCGUGUCCCUGGCCGCGCUCAAGAAGGCUUUGGCUGCUGGUGGCUACGAUGUGGAAAAGAACAACAGCCGCAUCAAGCUGGGGCUCAAGAGCCUGGUGAGCAAGGGCACCCUGGUGCAGACCAAGGGCACCGGCGCCUCCGGCUCCUUCAAGCUCAACAAGAAGGCGGCUUCCGGCGAGGCCAAGCCCAAAGCCAAGAAGGCAGGCGCGGCCAAGGCUAAGAAGCCUGCAGGUUCCACCCCGAAAAAGCCUAAGAAGGCUGCGGGGGCAAAGAAGACCGUGAAGAAAACUCCGAAGAAAGCAAAGAAGCCUGCGGCGGCUGGUGUAAAGAAAGUGGCCAAGAGCCCUAAGAAGGCCAAGGCUGCAGCCAAGCCUAAAAAGGCAGCUAAGAGCCCGGCAAAGCCCAAGGCUGUGAAGCCCAAGGCACCCAAGGCUAAGGUUGCCAAGCCUAAGACGGCUAAGCCUAAACCUGCUAAGGCGAAGAAGGCUGUUUCCAAAAAGAAGUAGGUUUGCUUCUGACAGCAACGAAGCCCCAAAGGCUCUUUUCAGAGCCACCCAGAGAGCUCUGUGAAUGCAGCUGUACACACUGACCUAACCAUUUCAAAAGGUCCCGCCUGUGUUCCCCUUUGGCCAACCAACCCAACACAACCAUGCGGGCUCGUCUGAAAGGUAAGGCUGGCAGAGUUUAGUCAAUGCUUGAAAUAGAAAUUCGACUGUCCCCGAGGUUCUGGAGCAUAGUCUCCAUGUUACCCAGGACACGGGCGUUAACCCUUUUUGAAUCUUACCCUCCUUCCCAAUCGGGAUUCCCCACCCCCGGUGGCUCAAGUUCCCCGGUCUCCCGCUUCCAGCUCGCCUAGACCUCUGCGCGCGCACUACUACCAUCCAUGCUGAGAAGAUAUGGUGAGUCCACUUAGCCUGCCCUGAGCCUUUCCCACCGUAGAAGUUAACGCAGGGCGCGAAAAGGGAGCGAAUCCAUUGGUUGCACAUAAUCCAAUCCCCUAGCCCAAUGGUUCCAUGGUUUUGUCCUAACCUUCCCUUGAUUGGACAGUUGGUUGGUGACGUCUGAGGGUUCGCGUUACUCAUUGCCACAACUUGCGGUGCUGUAGCUGCUACAACCCAGCACGGGCAUCUCUUCCAGUGCCAGGUCCCAAGCACCCCGUGUCUAUACCAAGGCUGUACAUUUCAAGUCAUUGACACUUUUUGGUGUUUUUUUUCAAGACGGUUUAAAAUGUGUAACAGCCUUGACUAGUGGGAGUCUGUAGAACAGGCU